AUGGAAGCCACCAAAAUCGAUGAGGCUCUACAAAGAGCAACAAAUGAGUUCGGGCUCUGCCCAAAUCGAGUUUGGGCCAUUGGGCACAACCUCGAAGACUGGGAGAAGAAGCUCCCAGACUUGAUUCCAACGAACCAGAGGGCAAAUAGUAUGGGCAUAAUCGGACAUGAAGGCCACGAUCGAUGCACAUUCGAACUCUGCGAAUACUCAAUUCUCAACUACACAUCAGUAAUCCAGCGUCAUGAAUAUGGGGUGGCGUCCUGUCGAGAGGAGAAACGCUGUGAUACCCUCAAGGGACUGUUUUCAGUAAGAAAACUGGACGAAGCAUCUCUUGCCGGGAGACCGACUGCCUGGAGGCUGGAUGGAGAAACUACCAUCGACGUGGCCGAGCCUUACAUGGCCAUAUCCCAUGUGUGGUCGGAUGGAACCGGCAAUGGCGUCUCGGCCAACGGAGAAGUUAAUGAAUGUCUAUAUCGAUUUUUCGAGCGGAUUGCAAGGCGUUGGCAUUGCACGGGCAUCUGGUGGGAUGCAAUUUGCAUACCAAAGGACAAAGCUGCCAAAGACAAGGCAAUCAGGCGAAUGGAGCACAACUACGAGGGUGCACGAAUCACGCUUGUUCACGACUGCUAUAUUCGAAGCUGGAAAUGGGAGGAUUCUGAGACUGCGUGUCUUGCCAUCAUCCUCUCGCCAUGGUUCAGUCGUGGGUGGACUGCGUUGGAACUAGCGAGGUCUACAAGAGUUAAAGUGAUCUUCAAAGGCAAUGUGAUCAAGGAUCUGGAUGACGAUAUCUUGUCCAAAUCGGACAGUGAUUCCGCAUGUCACCGGUUCGCGACGGAAGCUAUCAGAGGAUUGCGCAGGAAGCGCGUGGAGAAUCUAAAUGACCUCCUUACCGUGCUUGGCCCUCGCUCUACCUCAUGGGCCCGCGACAUGGCAAGUAUCUCGGCGCUACUCGUCGGGACUCCAAAAUCGAGCGGAGGAGAAAAGCAACAUGUUAUAUAUCAGCAAGUACUAUAUACGAUUGGGUGGGUUGCUCAUGGACAUCUGUUCCAUAGGUCCGCAACGAUGGCAGGCAAAUUCAGCUGGUGUGCAACGAAUCUGCUGGCCAUGCCUAUGGCUUCUCGAACGCAAGAACGACUCAAGAUCGAGCAUGACGGAUCCAUUACAGGCCGUUGGAAAGUCAUCAAGCAGAACUCGGUCCCAAGAGAGCGAUACGUGCUACAGAACGGCUUUCCACUUGUGGACAUGAAAGUCAACGUUACCCUAGAAGCAGGAGACAAAUCCGUGCUCUUGGGAGAGCCUGAUGCCAAAGCCUUGACCAGAGCAAUUGCAGCAAAAGUAUUGGACGAAGCAGAGCAUCACUAUGAAUUCAUGGGGCCUGUGUACUUCAACCCCCCUCUUAACCUUGAUGAGAUUCAUUGGGAGAAUACUGGUAAUGUCACAAUCAGUGGCCGUCAGGAAGACACCAACUCCUCUCAGAAAAUACCAUUCGAGCCUGAGUUGCUGUAUAUUCCUGAUCAUCUCAGAUAUCUCAUAGAUUCAGUACCAACAGUAAUGAGCGCUGCUUUUAGACGGAAGUAUCGUUUGGCUCGUGCUCAGUUGGAAGGCGACCAUGAAAAAGCUAGUAACAUUCUGAACGAAGGACCCGUCGGUGCUAUGCCUCGCGUUGAUACCUCCAUCAGCAAAGGGAACCGUUUAGUUCGUGCCGUCAUGGAAGGCGACGAAAACGCUGCUCACAAAGUCUUGGAAGAUAAAUUCAUCGAUUUUAGCUUCAAGGACGAUGCUGGAUGGACGGCUCUGCAUUAUUCCGUGCGAAGAGGAUACAACUCAAUUAUUGAGAAACUUCUCUAUAACAUGCGCUAUGGAAGGGGAGAUACAGCGGUUCACGUAGCGGUUCAAGAUGGUCUGGGUCAACAAUGCAUUCAUUUGGCAGCCGAGCGAGGGGAUUGCGAGCUCGUUAAGUCUGAAGAGGAAUUGCUGAAGGUGCACAAAGAGUGUAAGGAUGGCCAAACCGCUCUUCAUCGGGCUGUUCUGGGUGGGUCUUUGGAAAUGGUCAGGUUGUUACCGGACGCAUUUCUCGAAGCUGCAAAAGAUGCCCAGGAUUUGCAGGGUAGAACGGCGCUCCAUCUCUGUGCUGAACUGGGCCAGGGCAAAAUGUUCACUGCACUACUAUCUAUAAAAGCAAACCCUUUGCUAAAGGAUAAGGGGGGACGCACGACACUUCAUUACGCGGCCAUGGAUUGGAACCAUACCACAGAUGUAGACAUGGUUUCAAUCCUGCUGAAUUAUGAGGAGCUCAAUAUCCCCGACAAUGACGGACGAAUGCCUCUUCAUUACGCUGCUGAGAUAGGCUAUCCGCGAGCAGUCAAACUUCUUUCCCGCAAAACAAACCUAGCUGUGGCAGAUUCAAGAGGGCAGACAGCCCUUCAUCUCGCAGUUAAUGGCGGUCACCUGGAGGCCGUAAAUGAACUGCUAGAUUACGAUAUGGAAAAGCACGAACUUCUACAGCUUGCUCUUGAUACAGCAUUACACUUGGCCGCCUCUCUGAAUCAUUUGAAGAUUGUACAAGCUCUUGUACACCACGGAGCAAGCAUCUGGUACCGAGAUGCCAGCGACAACAAAACGGCCACAGAAGUGGCAGUAGAGCAGAAAAGAGCGCCAUUGACUAUGUACCUCAUGGAGCUUGUGCUUUCUUCACAGCGACAUGAAGAAGCCCCCCCUGGUUGGAUCGAAGUGGCAAGCACUUGUUCACUUGAAAAGAAUAAUGAUGCAUCAGCACUACAUCACGCAGUGAACAGAAAUUACCAAAAAGUGGCAAUUGCAUUGGCACUUGGCGGAGACGAUGUCUUCGUGACGGAUGGAUUCGGCAAAACUCUCAUCUCUCUGGCCGUUGCCAAACUGGCCAAGAGCGUGGUAUAUGCGCUUGCAUAUUCAUACGGUCAAGCAGUUUUCAGAGCCAAGAAUGCUGAACAAGGUCUCCAGAAGGCAGCAUACAACUCAGGAAAGCCACUAGACUCAUAUACGAUUGAGUUGGGAGAAGUGUGGAGGGAUCUAUUCGGAGCUACGUUAUCUGAUUCCUGGACUGCGGUAAAGCAUCUUGAGCAGGCGUACCAAUCAACGGAUAAUCCUGAGAUGCAGGCACUGCUUCAUCCGGAUUGGGAAGUUUUGCGCUUAGAGUUUCCCAAUGUGGAUUUGGGUGAAGCGAAGCGUUCUCAGGAUCAGUUGACUCCUUUGCGUUUGCAUGGGAGGAGUAUUGGAAGAUUGGAACCGCAUGUGCGGGAAGUCUUGGAUCUAUAUCGGAUGGAUGCUCAAACACUGGGAUUGCAUGCAUGGCAGUAUGUCGCCAGAAACAGGUCCCCGAGUGGACAGUAUGAGCUCGAAGACGAUGAGGAGGAGGAGGAGGAGGAGGAAGAGGAAGAGGAGAAUGAUGAAAAUGAGAUUGACGACGACGAUAUAGAUGAAGAAGAGGAGGACGAGGGAGAUGAUUAUUCAAGUUCAGACGCAGACUUGUACAGCCCAAGACGGAGGCGAAGAGGACGAAAAGAAGACUCAGAAGAGGACCCCGAUUCUGAUUAA